AUGGCCGGUAGCUUUAUAAAUGCUGAAACCCUAAAACCUGAACCUCGAGAUAUGAAAGUUAAGAAAGAAGAGCGGGACUCUAACAACCAUCUGUCCCAAAUAAAAACCGAAAGGCCUUUAUUGUGUAUUGCUGAACCUGUACCAGAAAUAAUACAGAUAAAAAUAGAGGAUGGGGCAGGAUAUGCUGAAGACGACCUGAAUGCAACUGAAUGUGCAGCAGUUACAUUUACCGAUGGGGAGUUGGACUCCACAAUAAAGACUGAAACUGGUUUCCCAGAGGAUGAAACAGAAGUAUUAAAGGUAAAGAUAGAGGAGGAUGAAGCGUCAGACUGUGCCGAUGGGAAAAGUUCAAAUGAUGAGAGAAACGGGAGCUUACAAACAUCCCAGUCUGGGCUUCAGAGCCCUUCAGUGCCAGAUAGCAGCAGCUCCCCUCAUUCUAUGGAUACAGAAUGUGGGAAAUGCUUCUCUGCCAAGCGAAAACUCGACUUACACCAGGUAGGGCACAUAGCGGAGAUGAAAUAUAAGUGUAGAGAAGGUGCCAAUAACUUUUCUCAAGAGAGUCAUCAGCAAGAACAUACAGAGGAAAAAUCAUAUACGCAUUCAGAGAGUGCUUCCCUUACGAGCUGCCUUUACUACCAACAGAACCAUCGCCCCAAACCUUAUCCAUGCACUGAAUGUGAGAAAAGAUUUUGCAAAAAGAAAACCCUCCUCACACACCUGAAGAAUCACACAGGGGAGAAACCAUUCACAUGUUCAGAAUGUGGGAAGUGCUUCACUGAAAAAAUCCGACUUCAGGAACACCAGAAGGUACACACCGGGGAGAGACCGUUUAUAUGUACGGAAUGUGGCAAAGGCUUCUCUAAGAAGGACAGACUCCAGACACACUUGAUAGUGCAUACAAGGGAGACCCCUCACGCCUGUAAGGAAUGUGGGAAAAGCUUUUCUCUAAAGAACAGCCUUGUUAGGCACCAAAGGGUCCACACAGGGGAGAAACCUUUUACAUGUACACUAUGUGGGAAAAGCUUCUCUACGAAAUGCUGGCUUCAGAGUCACCAGACUGUUCAUACAGGGGAGAAACCAUUUGCAUGUCUGUCCUUCCGGAUCUUCGGCCCUUCUGAUACCCAGUGA